AUGGCAUUGGCCAUUGUUGGCUUUCCAUGUGUGGCCGCAUUCCGUGGCCAGAGUCAUGCCCAGGCGUCCCUGACCGUGAACCAAAGCACUCCGAAUCUGGGUCUUGGCAUUGCUGCCGUUAGCAAGUAUGCCGGUGGUAAUUGUCAGUUCAUGCCUGCCUUUGAUGUUGCAGCCUUCUUGGUGGAAGAGGCACCAGCCGCAGCGAAAGGCGUGGGAAUGCUUGCCAAGCCUGCCGUGACCGCCGUGCAGGUGGCUGCCAAGGUCGCAGGAGAAGUAGUUCCCGGAGCAGGAGCUGCUGCGAACGUCGUGUCCAAGGGUGUUAAGGCUGCAGGCGUAGCUGGUGCAGUCGCCAAGGGAACAAAGACUUUGACUCUUGCAUCCAAGGCAGGCUUGAUUGGCAAGGUCGUUGGUGGUGCCUUGUCCUUGAGCAAUCCUCUUGGCAUGGUCUGGACGGCUUAUUCUGUCGGAACAACCGCAUAUCAGCUCUAUGAGCUUCAAAAGAUCAUGCGAGACCCACAUCAGCUUUGUGAAGUUCUCUCCGACUGGGUCCCCCCUUACGACCAUGCCGCAUGCCUCAAGGGCCUCCGCAAGAGCCUUCCGGGACUCCAACUCCCACCCAACAUCCCUGGCCUCGACUCGGCUCUUCAACCUCCCCCGGCCCAACUCGCGGUGGCCAAGAUGGACAAGAAGGUGGCCCUGGCCGCGGCUGCUGUUCUUAUGGCCUCUACAGGUGCCCUGGCCCUCUGGCACCACAGCCUCCACUCCGUGGCCUAUGAUCGUGCCAUUUGCCCGAGAAACCUUUGGUUGGAGGACCCUACUCUCGUGGACUGGUACACUGAUGACACAAGCAGCUCCUCGGGAUCUUCAGCGUCCACGGAGGAGGAGGAAGAGGACAUGCUGGGAUUCUCAAGUGCACCGAUGCCGAGAUGCAAUGGUCUCAGGUGGGUCUCCGUGCCAACGCAAUGCUCAGCAUCGGACCUCUCGUGCCAGCAACGAAGUUGCCAGCAAGCAUGUUGCGACGACAAGAAGUGUUCUCUCUACCAGUUUGACACCAAUUCGGUCGGAAAGUGCUGGCUGGGUGAGUCCUCGCAGUUUACGGCCGAGAAGUGUGAGCAAUGGGUAGGGAAAGUCAAGGAUCAAGGGGGCUUUCAAGAGGAUUCCAAGCUUUUCGUGCAAGUCAUGGGACUCAAGAAGGUGCCAAACUCUGCUCUGGAAGCUGCAAAGCCGAAGAGCUGCGGCAUGCGCCCCUUGAGUGCAGAUGCCUGCGCCGCAGUGACUUGCGAGGAUCUCUGCCAGGAGCAGACAGAUUGCCGCUUCUAUCAGUUGCGCGUCGGUCGCGGGGAAUGCUGGCUGAGUACAGCCGAACUUCCGAACCAGGCCCCAGAGCUGAGUUGGCACGGCGGGCUGCUGGAUGCAUCGCAAUCGCAGGCGGACUGCGAGGGCGGCUUCCUUUGCCCAUCGGACCAGAAGUGUGUGGAGAGCUGCGCAGAGUGCACUGGCUUCACGCUGGGUGCCGAGAAUGAGAAGCGUUGCCGGCGGACGGCCGAGGAAGGCAUUUGCGACCCGAGCAGCUGGGAGAAGGACUUUGAGGGAACUGCUUUGGAUGCAACUCAGUGCCAGGGCCUCAGCCGGGUGGUGGUGAAGAUGUCCGAGGCGACCGGUUUCAAUGGCCACGCUAUUUGCCAGGAAGCCUGUUGCUCGGAUCCUUCCUGUGUUCUUUACCAACUUCGUAGCAAAGCUGCGCAAGAAACGCACCGGAAGGCUGGGGAUACCGUUCACUGCUGGUUGGGGUUGGUGGAUUCAUCUCAGAAUCCGCUCUUCAAGUGUGGUGGCCGGGGAUGGCGUGGUGAUCGCAGAUCAUGGGAAGGGGGUUUCCUCUCCUCCCGUGGUUGUUCGCCGAGCCAAGGUGCCUCCUGCCUGCUUUCCGGGGAGUGUGUGCAAAGCUGCUCUUCUCAGUGCCCUGGAGCGGACAUCUUCGACGAGAGUCACAACUCCUGCGUUGCAUCGGCUGUGAAGGAAGCUAUGCCCGUGCUUCCUGUGGUGGAUGGUGGCGGGAUCUCCACCUACUACAUCUCCACGACAGAUGAAGCAUCGGCCGACACUCUCCUCAUGGUGACGCAGAACAAGCAUCGCCUCAUCGAGACGCCUUCCCAGGAGGCUUGCCAGACCCUCUCCUUCGGUGCCACGGAGUGCAGUGCCGUCACUGAGGACGGCGAGACGAAGUGCAGUUGCAUCUAUCCUGACAUGCAAUCCUGCACUACCUGGUUCGAGAGCCACUUCCAUUUGAGGCCCGUGAUCUCAGAAGUAGGCAUGCUGCUGCUUGCGGGUGAGGGCUGCGACUGCUUCGACGAAGCUGAGAGCUCCGGUCAGCAUUUCCGCUGUCACUUUGAAAACCUUCAGGAGGUCCCUUCGAUAAAGGCCAGCAAAGAGGCCACGAUGGCCCUGAAGAUUCCCUGA